UUUGUACGAAGACACAGAGAUUUGUACAACAGCGCACGCCGCUGGAUACGCAGUCGAUUCAGAGGAGUCGAUCUGUGCCCAAGUGAGGUAAAAAGUGACAUUGUAAGAGAAUAAUUAUUAAAAAUAGGCAUUCGGAGUAGAACAUUAAAUAGGCACACAGAGAAAAUUGAAAUACCAGUUGAUCAAACGACAGUCGUAGAUUCGAAUAAAAAUCAUUAACAAUAUAGGACGAAAAUAUUUUCCUCAGAAGUUUCAAUUUGCUUGCGGCAGGUAUAUUAAAUCAAGUGGAAUCGACAUGAAGGAACAGUUCAAAAUAAAGCCCGCGGGGUUUGAAGUUAAUAGUAAUAUAAUAAAGAAGAAAAGUCACAUGAUUUCGAAAAUCUGGUUCAUAUUAUUUUUCGCUGGAACAACAAUACUAAGCCUUGGUUUGGCGGUUGUUUUUUGGGGCACAAGUACGUUUCAGAACGCGAUACUUUCGCAAUUGGAACUGAAAAAUGGUACGCAGACUUUCGAGUGGUGGGAACGACCCCCAGUACACCCGAUGCUGAAGGUGAGAAUAUUCAAUUACACGAACGUGGAAGCGUACAAGACUGGAAACGCGUCUAAACUUCUUGUCGAGGAGGUCGGACCGUACAUUUACAAGGAAAUAAUGACCAGAGUAAACGUCCGUUUCAACGAGAAUGGCACCGUGACUUACCAGGAAAAUGUAACCCACGAAUGGAUCGGGGGGCGACCCGAUACUGAAAUAAUCAGGGUUCCGAAUCUGCCGCUUAUAAUGGCCGUUCAAAAAGUGAAAGACAUGAACUACUUCACGCAAGUAUUUGUCACGGCAGGUCUAAGCAUGCUGGAAGCCGAGCCCUUCAAGCUGCUCACCGUGAAGGAAUACCUUUGGGGCUACACCGACAACCUGCUCGAGACGGCGCAUAAUAUUCCCAUGGCCACCGAGGUAGAGGAUAAGGUCGGGAUGUUGAUGAAGAGGGCCGGACUCUCCAAGGAUCGUAUCACUGUUCAUACCGGAAACGGCGACAUUGACAAACUCGGUUUGUACGAGGAACUGAACGGCGUCAAGAGUCUAAGAGUCUGGGGUGAUGAGGAGUGUGAUAAAAUUGAAGGUACAGACGGCAGCAUGUUUCCCCCGAAUAUCAUUCGGGACCUCGAUGCCCCAUUAGACAUCUACACCCGAGAUAUAUGCCGGAAACUUUCACUCAAGUUCCACAGCACGAAUACCUCCUUUGGGAUCCCAUCUCUAAGGUACAAGCUGGCCGAAGACGUCUUCACGGCAUCCAGCACGGAGAACUCCUGCUUCUGCGAGAAGACUGUCCAAGAUUCGAAACGGACGAUUCAGUCAUGUCCACCGGCGGGAGUUUUCAACGUGUCAGCCUGCCAAUCCGGCGUGCCAUUGUUGAUCUCGUUUCCCCAUUUUUAUCUCGGAGAAAAAAUCCUCUUGAAGAAUGUCGAUGGUCUGAAUCCUAAUGCCGACCUCCACGAAACUUAUCUCGACGUACAUCCGCGUAUCGGUACACCGAUCGGUGGCUGGUCCCGAAUGCAACUUAAUCUCCAGGUGACCGUAGUCCCGACGGUUCCGGUGCUGGAUCUACUGAAAGAUGGGAUGAUCCUGCCGAUGUUCUGGUUCGAGAUAGGGAUCGACUCGAUGCCGGAAGUGAUUUUGGGCAUACUGAAACAGGCCUACUUUACGGCGGACACGGUCGAGACUACAUUCAAGUGGGGUAGCUUGUUGUGCACGGUUCUAUCGACGUGCGCAUUGGCCUUCAUGGCGAAGAAGUACAGUUCCUCUAUUCAGCUGACGCGCAGUGCUACGUUACAACGACUUACGUAAUGCACUAAACGAGUUUGGAGCCGAAAGCAUUAGUGGCGAAAAUAAUAGCCCAGCAGAAAGAGUGAUACGGCGAAAUGGUUUUAGCUUGGCACUAAAAAUUACAACUACCUGUAAAUCCUCGUAAGCUUAACGCGAUUUUAACGGUCGUUCUGCGCCUAAACUGACCAGAUAAUCUAUACGUUGAAGGGAAGUCGCUCAGGCGGCAGAUAACCAUAAUGUCGUUGAAGGUCGACCCUUGAGCGAAUAGUGCUUUUUGUGUCGGAUUCAUUUCACUGCUCAAGAUUUUUUCGAAGCGGUCGCUUUUCCAGAGUGGAAAAUUGGACUUCUGCGAAUACGUUUG